CUCUAAUUUCUCGUUUCAAUUCACAGCGGCGACAAUAAAAGAGGGCAGACAUGGUGCUUCUGGAUAACGAAAAGUUUCUGGCAAUGCUGCCGGACCUGUUUGCUGAUACCAAAGAGAAGGGCAGCGUGAACCUGAGCAUUAAGCGGUACGACUACACGCAGGGAAAGAAGCGCAAGACAACGCAGAACAGCGAGGAGGAGGCGAUGCGGCAGAUGGUCGACAAGCUGUCGCUCGACGACAAGGAGUAUGCGACGCUGGUGCGUGCUGCGACAGAGAAGAAGAAGCUCAGCACGCUGGUGGCCCCAGGCGACCUUGAUUCGUUCCUGGCGCAUUACCAUGGCGUGUUCCUGGCAUGCGUGGCCAGCAUGAAGAAGAACGAGCGGGCGAGGAAAAAGAAGCUAGCUGUCAAGAAGGCCACGUCAGCGAAGAGGCUGAAGAUGAAGAUGAAAGCCAGGGCAGCAGCAGCCAAGGAGCAGCAGCAGCAGCAAGAGUCUUAG